AUGGUGUUAGAGCUUUUAAGCGCGAUCUGCAGACGCCUGUACCUUACUAUUAUCGACCUGUAUAUGUUACCAGAGCUACGGUCGAUGAUAUUUGGGUUCAUGAAACAACGUCUUCAGGGAGGUGGUGCAAAUGUUGAAAAAGUUCACGACGGCCACGGAGGGUUUGUACCCACUUUGUUUGUCGACGGCGUCCCGCUGCCGCCUUUCCCGGGUCUACAAAUCAAUUUACAACGAAUUGACAAGUUUCAGGCCCGCAGUGACGAUAUUUGGAUCGUUAAUUGGCCAAAAUCAGGUACACAUUGGAUGUGGGAGGUAGUCAUGAUGUUGUCCUCAGGGCGAGCAAAAUUGAGAGACUCGGUAAAAGUAGGCGCCAUGUUCCCGGAAGCAUGCACGCUCCAGGCGGCAGAAAAGAUGACGUCACCGCGUGUCCUCGAUACGCAUGUGCCCUUAAAACUUUUCCCAAAGGCGGCUUUAAAAUCCAAAAUAAUCUACACUGUUCGUAAUCCCAAGGACGCGUGUGUGUCUUUCUAUCACCAUCAGAAAGGCAUGUCGAUGUACAGGCUUGACAACGUAUCGUGGGAAGGCACGUUAGAGUUAAUGAUUAACGGGAAAGCUUAUUACGGAAACUGGUUCGACCACGUGGAAGAAUGGUUGAAAGUUCUGGAGAACAAUCCAAACGCCCUCAUUGUGACGUACGAGGACAUGAAAAUGGAUUUGAAGAAACAAGUGCGCCGUGUGGCAGAAUUUCUGGGCUACAAACGAUCAGAGAAGUUCUACGAUGACGUAGCCAAGCUGUGUUCUUUUGGUAACAUGAAAAAAGAAAAAAGGGACAUCAAAUCGGCAUGGAGCAAAGAAAGUACAGGGAUAUACAGAAAAGGGACGGUGGGAGACUGGAAGAAUUAUUUCACGAUGGCACAGAAUGAGAAAUUCAACGAAAUGUACACUAGGAGGAUGAAGGACAUAAAUUUGGAUUUAAAAUUUGAACUUUGAACGAAUUUAAGACAACAAAUCUCAAAUACAAAUCAUAU